GCUUGAGAAGGUAUUCGUUAUAGCGCCGGCUUCGUGGCAGCUCAGUCACACUCCCUCAUUCGAAACCGCGCAAGAAGCCAGAAGUUGGGCGGCAGCGGCAGUAGAGAACUUCCACCCCUCCUUCCCUCCCUCCUUCCUUUGUAUCCUAAGCACGAUGUGGAUGAAGAGCGUGGCGGCGACGGCGCUGGCUGCGCUCCUGGCGGUGCAGGAGGCCAGUGCCGCCUUCUAUGUGCCGGGCGUGGCGCCCGAGUCCUGGGCCGCUGGCGAGACGGUGCGCCUUAACGUGAACAAGAUUACGUCUACCAAGACGCUGGUGCCGUAUGAGUACUACUACCUGCCUUACUGUAAGCCCACGGCCACUAAUGAACAGCAGGAGAACCUGGGCGAAAUCAUGGCUGGUGACGCGAUCAUGGACUCGCUCUACAAUAUGCAGAUGGAGAAGGACGCGAUCUGCCAGGUGCUGUGCAAGCCCAUGACGUACACGUCAGAGCAAUCUCAGGCCUUUAUCGACAUGAUCAAGGAUGAGUACUACGUGCAGUGGGUAGUUGACAACCUGCCGGUGUUGUACCGCGACCCAACGGACUCGCAGCAGGCUGGAUCUUUCAAGCGCGGCUUCCCUGUGGGCGAGGUGGAUGAGGACGGUAAAUACCUACUGUACAACCACGUGCGCAUCAUCAUAUCAGUGAACUCGGACCCAUACGCCGAGGAGGACGGUGACGUCCCCAAGUGGCGCGUCGUCGGCUUCGAGGUUGUACCCACUUCCAUCAAGCACAGCUAUGAGAAUGAGCCUAUGGCUGGGCAGGAACUCGACUCGGACACUUGUGGCAAGUUUGUCAACAUUGAGGAGGUCUCGCAGGGCAACUACCAGUACUUGAACCCGGAGGGAGAGACCACUGUGCUAUACACGUACGAUGUGCAGUUCGUCAAGUCGGAUAUCGUCUGGGAGGAGCGUUGGGACCGUAUUAUCAGCAGCAAGAGCUCGAACGACCAGAUCCACUGGUUCUCCAUCAUUAACUCGCUCAUGAUCGUGCUAUUCCUCACGGGAAUGAUCGCUAUGAUCAUGCUGCGCACGCUUCACCGUGAUAUUGCUCGCUAUAACGAGGUUCAGACUACGGAGGAGGCGCAGGAGGAGUCUGGAUGGAAGCUUGUUCACGGCGAUGUGUUCCGUCCGCCGCAACUUUCUCCCAUGCUUUUCUCAGUGGUUGUGGGCACAGGUGUGCAGGUGUGCAGCAUGAGCGCGUCGACGAUGAUUAUUGCGCUGCUGGGACUGCUCUCGCCGGCCAACCGUGGUUCUCUGCUGACGACUUUGCUACUGCUCUUCGUGUUCAUGGGCAGCUUUGCUGGCUACCACUCGUCACGUACGUACAAGAUGUUCAACGGCAAGGACUGGAAGAAGAACACGAUUCUCACAGCUGUGCUGUACCCUGGUCUGCUCUUCGCCGUGUUCUUCCUGCUGAAUCUGGUGUUGUGGGGCAAGUCUUCUUCACAAGCCGUCCCGUUCGGUACGCUUUUCGCUCUGCUUGUGUUGUGGUUCGGCAUUUCCGUGCCACUGGUUUUCCUCGGCAGCUACUUUGGCUUCAAGGCUGCUGCCAUUGAGCAGCCUGUGCGCACGAACCAGAUCGCGCGUCAGAUCCCGGAGCAAGUGUGGUACUUGUCCUCGCCUUUCAGCAUCCUGGUGGGUGGCAUCCUGCCUUUCGGCGCCGUGUUCAUUGAGCUGUUCUUCAUCAUGUCGGCGCUGUGGUUGCACCAGAUUUACUACGUGUUCGGCUUCCUGUUCAUUGUGCUGCUGAUCCUCGUGGCCACGUGCGCUGAGGUGACGGUCGUGAUGUGCUACUUCCAGCUCUGCGCAGAGGACUACCGCUGGUGGUGGCGCUCGUUCCUCACCUCUGGCUCUGCAGCCGUGUACCUGUUCCUCUACUCGUUCCUGUACUUCUUCACGAAGCUGAACAUUACGGCGUUCGUCUCUGGCAUCCUGUACUUCGGCUAUAUGUUCCUGAUCUCGGUCACGUUCUUCUUCCUCACGGGAACCAUCGGCUACUUCGCUUGCCUCUGGUUUACGCGCAAGAUCUACAGUUCCAUCAAGAUUGACUAAGCAGCCAGCGAGUUAGCAGAUCAAGGCUCCAGUCACGAAAUGGUGCGAUAAAGCGGAAUAGCGGGAGGUGGCGGGAGGCGAAGCGACAAUGAAAGGGGGCAGAACGAACCAUUUCAUGGGCCGUUUGUCGCCUUCUGCAUGUGUAGAACAGAAAGCCUGGAAGCGGAAGAAAUAUAACUUUUUCAUUUCGUUUUCAAAUAGCUGUGAAUAUCGAAGCAGUGGCCAGCAUCACAUACUUGUCUUCGUCGACAAAAGGUGGCGCUAUAGCGUUCGCCAUUCUGCCAACCAGGGGUGCUUCUCCACCAAAGCUUGGGCACGAGUCUGCCAGGAACUAACCACCUCGAGAGAAACAUCAA